GUAAGAAAAUCAACUGCCCUGGUUGAUUGGGCUUCCCUGUCGAUGCUGUGCACGACGCCGGCAAGGAAAAUUCCUUCUUAACCACCUGCUGCCCAUCUUGUAGCCUCGCCCUCGCCCCUCAACAGGCCCUUUGGUGUGUAACGUUGUCGUCGACAUUGGUAGACGGUAAACAGCUUUGGUUGUAGGAAGGGAUACCUUAUCCAGAAGCUCUCCUUUUCAGCAAAACAAUAUCCAGGGAGUAGAAGAACUUCCAUUCUAGCCUCCACGCCAGACCUUCUGUGGUCCGACACGCCCCGGCCAGUCAGCCUGCUGCUGCAUAUCACCACCCCGGCCACCCCUUGUCCAUAACUUGGCAGACCGUCCAUCCUCUGCACCUGCAAAGAACCAGAACUUGGAGCUGAACAAGAAAGUGGGCGGCACGUCAUAAAACUCUCAAAAUCGACCUCGAUCCGACCCCAUUCCCUCUCCAUUCACGAGUAUCUGGUAUACAGCAGCGUCGGCAACAGUUAGACGGGCAACUGGCGAUCUCGACGAGAACAACCGAGCACCUUCCCGGCGUCAGCUCCUUGCCCUGGCUGCACCCACCGGAGCGGAACCCCGCUAUCACCUCGUUACUGACUGGCCUCUGCCAUCCCGGUUCUGCCAAACGCACUUCACAGACCGCCCGCGUUGCACCGGACGACGAGAAAACUGAGGUCAACCCCAGCAACCAGUGCACCGAAUUCAACCUUUAAACCUCAAGACAUCCUUUUACACCUUGACGAAUGCUCUCGUGAUUUCAGUAAGAGAAAGUGGCAGUUCGCAGCAUUGGCCAACCGCGACGGCUAGUUCAGAGCUUCACCAUCCACCGUCUCGACACCCUCGACUGUUGGCUGCUGCUGCUGCACCACCCACUGCACGAAAUCCAGACAUUGUACCUCCACGUCAAAAAUAGCCACCCGAUUUCACCUCUUGAGUUCUUCGAUAGCAUCAUCCACCAACGCUCUCUGCUGUGUACAUGCGAUAAGAGAACCUUGGAGCCACCAUGGAGACCUCUUCACCGUUGGCCGCCAUCCGGCCGGCGCCUCCCACGUUUGGCCAGUCGAACUUGUUUGCUCCGCCCUUGGGUCCCAGCCCCUUGGGUCCUGGGUCUAUGAAUAUCUUCCAACGUCAGAACCCGGAGUACUUUAACAUCAAGGCCGUCCGAGGCUCUUCUCCCGCGGCCUCGUUGGCGGCGGACCUGUCACAAAACUUUAAGCUCAAUGAAGCCAGUAGCCCCAUGUUUCCGACGCCGCGUCGCGCCCUAUUUACCACGGCCACCAUGAUGGACGGAUUCAAGUCUCGUGAAUAUCUUACCACGCCUCCAUUGGCACCAUCGUCGUCGCCUGGUAAUGUCGACAUGAUGGACAUGUCACCAUUGCCGCAGAAGAGUGCCUUUGCGGGCCAGGUCGAAGUGCCAUCUCCAACACCGAGCAUUCCUAUGAGUGAUGAUAUCAUGAUGGAGUCUCCCAUCCCACAAAAGACUGUCAUGGAUACAUCUAAGGCCGUUGGUGCCGAAGCCCGCAGAAAGCUUGGUUUGAUGCGGCCAUCUCUCAGCCGUGCCAAAGGUUACACUACGGGGGCCAUCCCGGGUCGUUCCAAUGGUGAUAACCAGUUCCCCUCCCUAAAGCUCGGGGGUGAGGUGCAGCUCGGCUCCUCCCCUUCGACCUCGAUGUCGCUGAGCGAAUGUUUUCAGGACUCGCCUCCUCAACAGAGGCGGUCCCUCAGUGCUAAUAGCCCUUGCAUGAUCAUGGCAAGCAAUCGCCCAAGGCCCCAGUUCAACUUGCCUGGUCUUAGCGGUGUCCGCAACGGAUCACCAAUCAGCCACUCUCGCAAGUCUUCGAAUCCUGCCGGCCGGCCGCGGAGGUGGACGACUCGUCGCUCACUGAGCAUGUUUGAAAGCGCCGAGGAGAUUAUGAAACCCAAGGAGCCCGACGCUGCUCUGCCCGAAAUCGAGGAAACCCAGGAGCCACUGCUACCGUAUUUCAUGCCCGAAGAUGAACAAGAUAACAUUCCUCGCAUUACCCGCGACACCAUGCUUGAAGUGUUGGACGGCAAAUACAGCGACCAGUACCAACACAAGAUGAUCGUCGACUGUCGCUUCGAGUACGAAUAUGAGGGUGGUCACAUUGAUGGCGCCAUCAACUACAAUGAUAAGGAUCUUCUGGCAGACCAUCUGUUUCGCACUCCCAUGCCAGGGCGCACCCUUCUCAUCUUUCACUGCGAAUACUCUGCUCACCGUGCUCCACUCAUGGCUCGCCAUAUCCGUUCCCAGGACCGACAACUGAACCAGGAGGCUUACCCGAGACUCACAUACCCUGAUGUUUACAUUCUGGACGGGGGGUAUAGUGGUUUCUUCUCUGAACACCAAGAACGCUGCUACCCUCGGGCGUAUGUUGAGAUGGGCGCCGCUGGGCACGAGAAGACUUGCGAGCGGCUGAUGGGCCGCUUAAAGCAGCAGCGCAAAGGGCUGGGUCGUGCGCAAACGUAUGCAUUUGGUGAUCGGAUCCAGGAUUCGCCAACUGCGCCAGGUCGUGCCAUCAGCCGUGAUUGUGAGUUUGCGGACCUUGGGCAAUCGCCACUUGGAGCGGAUCGUGGGCCUCCACGACGGAUGGUCUCUUUCUAAAGACCAACAUCACUCAUGGGAAUACUUGUUGGAUUACACUGCAUCCUUACCUAUUCUUCAGCAGUUGUCACCUCUGCUCGCCAACCACAGCUUUCCCGGAGCAGGGUCAUCCGCAGCCACUUUGUUUUCUAUGUCACAUACCUCAUUCAUACACAUGCUGCCCUCUCAUCGCGACUGAGUAGGGUGCAGGUUUGUUUCCGGUAGGAUUGAUACCCUCACGAUCGUCGACAAACCCAGCAUACUUGUUUCUUCUUCUCGGCAUUACUUGCCACCUUUUGGCAUGUAUCACUUCAGCAAAGGCCCAUCAUGUUUUGGAUGCCUAUCAGCUCUUCGAUACUGUCAAAGUGUCAGUCCGCAUUGCGGCGUGGACUGGCAUGUAUUCAUAAUGUUUAGCGAUCACGAUGAUACAGCAAACCGGUCUUGUUUUAUCUUACUCGCCGCUCAAGAGCUGUUACGAUUGCGCGUCAUCAGCCCAUUCGCGGGCACCUCAUCUUCCCUUAUCAACGUCUGUACGAAAAAGCACUUUACUGAUCAGAAUAUCCCGGUUCGGUCCGACACACAUCGAAACCACACCAAAAUUGUUGUUUUUGUCUUUUUUUUCUUUGUAGCAUUUACACACAAGAUACCCCUCCUGGCAAACCGUUUUCGCACGGUGGAUCCAGACGUCGAUUCCACGAACAUGCGUUCUGCAGUGGUUUGCAACAGGUUUAUUUACCAUGGAGGCCAGGGAAAAUGGAGGAAGGGGUCAUCUUUGGUGUUGUUUGCUGGUCCGAGGGGAGGAAGCAUAAGAUGGGAGGAGAAACCUUUACUUGCGACGGACUGCGGCUCACGACUUGAUUGUCAGAUGAGUUUUGUUCAAGUUCCUGCCAGGAUCGGAUGGAAGAAAUAUGGGAUGGGACAGAAGAACGGCUUUAGAGAGCCCUGGGAUCUUGGUGAACAAGAUAUCCCUGUGGCAAAAAGUCAUCCUCGUCUGCUCCCCUUGCCUGGACAUCAUGGGAAACUCCUGUACUGCUUUUGUGUGGGUGAUUGCCAUCGCUCCCCUCUGGCAACAUACAGCAAUUGGAUGGAUGAUGAGGUUUUUAUUGGCGAGCCAUCAAUCAGCAUGAUACGCGAUGAUGGAGAACUCGAACCGAGAAACCGCCCUUCCUUUUUUUUUUCACUGUUUGGGAAUAUCAGAACAAAGAAAAAUCACGGCCACGGGUGCUUGUUACGAAGUAGCUUUGUACCUAGCGAGUUUACAGGCUGAAGCAAAAAACAAGAACAAAAUGAAGUUUAAAAAUUACUUGACGACUGUCGCACUUGUUGUGCUUUGACUUGCAUGUCCGUCGUCAUGUGGUCAUCAAGUUUGUGACUUCAUCUCUCAUCAAUUUGUGACCCAGCAUGGAAGCAUAAUUUGAACUCUGCAUGUCAAACACUUGGGCCCUUUGCCAAGGACGGGGGUUUUGUGUUCAGGGGAAAUUUGCAA